UGAGGGUAGAGGGAGAACUUAUGAUUAUGUUAUUGCAGUGGAGAUAAAAUAAUAUCGGUAUCCUUGUGGGGAGAUCAGAUUGGUUGUCGCAUUACAAAUUUUUCCUUAAAAGGCAAGCCAUGGCCUUUGAGAGAAACGCACAACAUUUUCACUCCUACGUCAUGCAGAGACCCAACAUGGGACAGAUUUGUGGGGUCCCACUGGAUCAGAAUACAUGUGACACCUGGAGUGACAUCUGGAAGUUCCAAGCACACCCUGAGGAUAUUCUCAUGGCUGCAUAUCCUAAAGCAGGUAUUACAUGGAUGCAGGAAAUUGUGGAUAUGAUAUAUCAGGGGGGUGAUGAAGUAAAAUGUGGCAGGGCACCCACCUAUGAUCGUCACCCUUUUCUAGAGGCUGUAGCCCCAAAACCUGUACCCUCAGGGCUGCAGCUGGCUGAAGAGAUGGACCCACCUCGAAUUCUAAAAAGCCACCUUCCUGUUCAACUGAUCCCCCCAUCAAUCUGGGAACAGAAUUGUAAGGUUAUAUAUGUUGCUAGGAAUGCCAAGGAUUCCAUGGUCUCCUACUUUCACUUCCAAAGAAUGAACAAGGGUCUUCCAGAUCCAGGGAGUUGGGAUUCUUAUUUCGCAGCCUUUCUCUCUGGCCAGGUGCCCUGGGGAAGUUGGUUUGACCAUGUCAUUAGUUGGUGGAAAGCAAAAGAUGAACACCAAAUACUAUUUAUUUUCUAUGAGGACAUGAUUCAAGAUACAAGACAAGAGAUCAGGAAGGUCAUGAGAUUCCUCGGGAAGGAGUUGUCGGAGGAAGUUCUUGAGAAGAUCUAUGAGCACUCAUCCUUCAAAGCCAUGAAAGACAAUCCAAUGGCCAAUUACAGCACCAUCCCUUCUUUUGUAAUGGAUCACUCUGUUUCUCCCUUUAUGAGAAAAGGUAUUGUAGGAGACUGGAAAAAACACUUUUUUGUUGCGCAAAAUGAAAUAUUUGAAGAGGAAUAUGAGCGAAGAAUGAAAGGAACUGGUGUCAGUUUCCGUACCCAGAUCUGAAAGGCAUCAGAUAACCCCAGUAACAUCUGCUCCAGAGAAAAAAGUACCAUAAACUUUACGGAGCACGUCUGUGGCUUGUGUCCAGAAGAAUAGCUAUGAAAUCUAACUUUUCAUUAAAGAGACAUAAAUCCCCAAACAAAUCUUUCAUGUAUCAGAUAGAACAUACAAAAUUCAAAACAACUUUUUAAUUUACUUCUAUUAUCCAAUGUUCUUCAUUUUCUUGCUGUUCUUUGUUGAAAAGCAUGAAGGUCAGUUCAGGAGUGUGCACGUGUCUGCAGCAGUUUUGCAACAAUCGUAUACAUUAGCAAGAGCACUAGAUAGCAGCACUAUUUCCUGUCAUGUAGUGCUUCCUAUUUGCAUAUCUCUUCAACAAAGAAUAACAAGAGAAUGAAGCAAAAUGUGAUAAGAGAAGUAAAUUGGAAACUUUUUUUUUUUCAUGAAAGAAAAAGAAAAAAUUGAGUUUUGUGUCCCUUUAAAUAACUGAUGUUGCAAAGUAAGUGAAAGCCACAUGAACAAUAUAUUCUUUUUUCUUGAGAUCUCAAAAAAACAAAGGAGAUAUAGCCCCAUUCCAUCCGAUCACAAUUUCAGUGUCAAGCUCCUCACGUGGUUUUCAAAUCAAAGCGAAUCCAAUAUUUUAUAAAAAAAACGGAUAAAACCUUUAUAUCGCAAGGUUUAAAGGAACAUUAUACCGAAAAAGAUUUGAUCAUACGUAUUUACACAGCAAAAAUAUAAAGUUUUGUGAUUUAGAUAAAACUUGCAAUUAAAAAAAAAACAACUUUCCAAUAUA